GUUGAAGAUUUCAUCAAACAACUGCAAAAACCUCCUCCGAGCAUGAAUCAAACGCCUAGCGCAGUCAUCUGACACUUUCUUACGUUCUUAAACCAAGGCACUGCCAAUGGAUAUGUGCCUGAAUACCCCACGAUCGCCCCCCCAUUGCCGGCCAUGAGUAUGGUCCAGGCGUUGGUUGCUCCCCACACGCUUACCCCGUGCAAAAACCUCCUCCGAGAUGUACCAAAACCACCAACAGAAUGCCAUCUAGCACAAUGUUUCUCUGUGCGAAAACCUCCUCCGAAUAACAAUUAAAACCUCCAUAGUCUUUCACACAAUUGAAUAAAUAUCCAAAGUUGCAGCAGGCCCCAACAUGUCUCAAUCAAUCCAGCCUUCUCUUCUCUUCUCACCCAUCGCAUUCUCCAGGCCUUCCUUCUCACCACGUCUUAAACCGAUUUCUACCUUGCACAAUGGCACCACGUAAACUCAGAAUCGCAGCAGCUGGCCUUGGCCGUAUGGGUCACCGCCAUGCUCUCAACUUCCUCAACCGCACCCCCCGAGCCGAGCUUGUCGCUGCUUUCACGCCUGACCCGAAAGAAUUGCAAUGGGGCAAGCAACAUCUCGAGCCCUUUGGUGUGACCCUCUACGACGACUAUGAUAAAAUGCUUGAGCACACUGCGCUUGAUGCCGUUGUUAUCGGCACUGCAACCUCUGUGCAUGCGGAAGAAGCCAUCAAAGCUAUGGAGAAGAACUUACAUGUCUUGUGCGAGAAGCCUCUCUCCACCAGCAUCGAGAUUUGUCGCGAAGUUGUUGAGGCCGCGAAGAAACGACCACAUCUGAAGGUCAUGUGCGGCUUCUCGCGCCGAUUUGACGACAGCUACCGUGAUGCCUUCAACAAGGCCGAGCAAGGCCUCAUCGGACGACCAACAAUCUUGAGGUCCCAAACUUGCGAUAAGCAUGAUCCCUCCGGCUUCUUUGUCGAGUAUGCUGCCUGGUCUGGCGGUGUCUUUGUCGACAUGGCUGUCCAUGACAUCGAUUUGACCCUUUGGUUCUUCGGAGAUGAUAUCGUGCCCAAGUCUAUCUCUGCCCAUGGUGUGGUAGCCGUCCAGCCGGGCCUCAAGCAACACAAGGACUAUGACAACGCAGUAGGCAUUGUUGAGUUCUGGAACGGAAAGAUCGCCCACUACUACUGCUCUCGCAUGAUGGCACACGGCCAGGAGGAUGUGACCGAGAUCAUCGGUACGGAGGGCAAGCUCAGCGUCAAUCUCAACCCUCAGAACAACCUUGUCAAUUACUACCAUGCUGGCGGUAUUACCAGGGAGAUUCCUGCACAUUAUUACGGAAGGUUCGAGAUGGCCUUCGUGCGUGAGGCAAAUGAAUUUGCCGCCGCGUGCCUUGACGAUACACCUCUUCCUAUGAAGCUCAGGAAUGCAGUCAAGGCUGUCGAAAUCGGUGCAUGGCUUCAGGAGGCUCUGGUCUCUGGCAAGCAAAUUCAUUUCGAUGAGACAGGAAGGCGGGUUGAGAAGGCAAGCCUAUAAGGAGAUUGCGCAGAGUAG